AACUGUCAUUUAAAUCAAAACAAAAAAUUGACAUAUCUACGUAAAUGUCACAGUUAUAAGUUCUAUUUAGUUAAAUAACACAAUUGGGGACGUAAAAAUGAAUUAUGAAGAAAUAUGUGAUUAUUAUUUAAAUACCUAAAUAAAAUACAACUCGAAAUAUGUCCUGAAAUUACCUCAAUAUAAUUAACAAUGGAAUUAAAGGUUUGGGUGGAAGGAAUACAACGUAUAGUUUGUGGCGUUACGGAAGCAACAACUUGUCAAGAUGUGGUAUUUGCACUCGCUCAUGCUACAGGUAAAUCUGGUAGAUUUACUUUAAUAGAAAGAUGGAGAAAUAAUGAGAGACAACUUUCUCCAAACGAAAACCCAAUGAAGAUCGUCAUGAAAUGGGGAGAAUAUUCAAACGAUGUUCAAUUCAUUCUCCAACGUAGCGAAAGUGUUAAAUUUGCUCAACAGUCAAAAAUGAAAAAUUCUAGUAGUGCCAGCAGUACCCCAACUCACUGUGUAAAUACACUCGAUUCUUCUGAUCAACAACAAGAUCUCAAUAGAACUUUCAGCGGCAGUUAUUUACCAACUUAUGAUAAUGUAGGUAUAGUAAAAGGUAUUCCACAAACGAAAUUUACUUCUCUGGAAGUAAGGGAAUCUUUAUCGCACUCUGCACACAGUUCUCCAAAGAAAAGUAACUGUUCCGGUGGUUCUGAUGUGUCAGAUCAUUCUAGUCAAAGAGUGGCACCACCUGCUCCUCCUCCAUACAGAGAUCCACCACCUCCAACGUCUUCAAUAUACCAUGACAAAUUUAAAAAAGGAAAUAUACCUGAACAUAUAAAGAAGGAUAAAGAUGAAAACCGAAACAAAGUUCAAAAUAAUGUGUUCUAUAAUACCCAGUAUAGAGAACUGGUAGCACUGAUUAAUUACCAACGAGAAAAAUUAUCUAAUCAACAGGCUGAUAUUAAUAAGUACGAUGCUGAAAUUAUAUUUCUAGAAGGAAAGGAAAAAGAAAAGCAGCGUCAAUUAGAUUUUAUAACACAAGAGUUAAUAGCAAUAUCAAAUAUAAGUAAAAAUCAUCAAGAACAAAUCCAAGCUCUGAGUUACGUAGAAGAAGAAAGUGAGAUUGUAAAACAACAAGAAAAAACUUUACAAUCAGAAAUUACUUUGUUAAGAUCGAAAUUGGCAAAUUGUGAAACAGAAUUGUUGCAAUGUAAAAAUAAAAUACGGCUUCUAAUGGAUGAAUUACAGUUAGAACAACGAGUCCAGAGUAGAAGGGCCGAAUCUUUGAAACAACUUGAAAGGAAUAUACUCACCGAAGUCGAGAGGCUUCAAAAAGAUAUAGAAUUAGCUAAACAGAGCACAGAUUUACAUCACUUAACAGCAGAAACUUUAAAACGAGAGGUCGCUUCUUUGGAAACUGCCAUAUUGGAAAAGAAAAAGCAAGUAGAACAUUUAGUUUCCGAAAUGAAAGAAGCUAAUUUGGAAAGUUUGAGUAUAGUACCUCCGGAAGAUAUCAGACAAAUUUUGGAGGGACCUUUGAAAUCUGGUAGUACUAGAAAGAUGAUAGGUUCACCUAGACAACUAGAAAACGCCGUACCUACCAAUAAAAAUCCUCACGGCGUUUGGGUUUAAGCUGAUUUAUUAAUAAAAAAUUCCGAAAAAAAUUAUAGAGAACACGAAUGCGUUUUCUAAAUGAAUUAGAAAAAAUUUUAUCACUUAAAUGUCUAGUAGAUAAUAGUAAACCAGAUAUAAUCGUAUGGUGAUCGAAAAUUAUACUUGUGGUAACAAUAUACAAAGUGUUCCAUGACGAUUUAGAUUGAAUUUUGUACUAACAAAAAUUUAGUGAUGCUGUGGUCUGAGAAAUAUUGGAAUUGGUAUUAUUUUAAUAAAGUAUCCAUAACUGGGGAUUGAAUAACAAAUUUUAGGUAUUGUAACUAAUUUUUAUAAACUAUUUAAAAGGAAAAUACCAAAAACAUUGUUAUCGAGGGAAAAAAUACAGUGUAUUUAAUAUUUAAAAUAUUAAUAAGACAGUUACUUGUAUGAAUCAGAGUUUGAAGGUCAAAAUUUUCAUUUAUUUUAAUAAAGCUAGAUUUUUGCUACUUUACAUUGAGCAUUUUACUAAAUACAAUCUGUUUUAAUGAGAUUCAAGAUUCAACACCCUGUAAUUCAAUAAAUUAUGAAACUGUAAAAAUAAAGUUUAUUACUAAAGUUUUAAGUAUUUAUCUUUUUUAUGGAAAAUUUUUAAUAUAUAUUUAAUAAUAUUUAAUUCAGUGGCAAAAAUCAUUAAUUAAUAUUAUUUUUUAUAUAAACUUUGAACAGAUUUUAAUUUAAUUUUAAUAAAAUUGUGUGGCAUUUAUUCAAAUCCCAUAUCUCUAACUAUGUUUUGAACAUUUCACAAAAGGGAAAACGUUUUUUAUACCCACACUUUAUAACAAAAUGAUUUGAAAUCAUAAUAUGAAUCAAUAAAUCGUCGUGGGACAUGAAGGUAUUUGUCGAAUAGAAAUAGUUUGCAAUAAAAUAUGGUAAUUUUAUAUUAUCGUGGUCCUUUUGUUUUUUGACUCCAGAAAAUUGAAAAAUCAUUCGAAUUAAAUGAAUUUUUGUUCAAAGAUCUUCGUUUUUACAAAAAAAGAAUGUAGGAAAUAUCUCACUUGAAGAUUUUUACUGAUGAAACUUGAAAAGAUUGGGCUUUUCUUCACCGGAAGGCUUACCACAGCUCUUAUGCCCAGUGGUGAAGCAUCUUUUAAACAACUUGAGCUUCAAAUCAGAUUAAAACUGCAAAAAUUAUUGCUAGCUCUUCUUUUUCAUCCGCCCAAAUGGAGUGUAAAAUUUUUGUAUGAUUUGUUCUCAAUUUUUUUGUUAUUUUGUAUAUAUUGAGAGAAAAAUGUAAAAAUAAUAAUAAAAUAAAUAAUAUAAGUUUUCAUUUUAGUGAUUUUUUUGUAAAAUGAACAUUUUGAAAGAAAAUUCAUUGAUAUCAGAUGAUUUUUCAAUUUUUUAAAGCCAAAAAAACGAGGGGGACCUGAUACAAUUACCUAAAUUAUUUAUAAAUUAAUAUUGCUCAUAUAAAACUUGUUUUAAUUAAUAUUAAAAUGAAAAUUGAUAUUUAAUCGCUGUAUUUAUCUAUAACAAUCUUGAAUUAUUGUCCAUUGUCACAGCUGAUGAGAUUUUUACAAUUGUUUACACUUAUUUUAUAUAAACACUAUGCGAAAGUACUUAUUUAAACUUUUGAUUGUAUAUACGCUUUUAAUUUUCGUAUUUUCAUGUUGUUUUUCUUGUAUUUUUCCACUUUUAUAAGUAUAGUUGUGAUAUGGUCAUUUUUAUAAUUUCUCUUCAAAUGUACUGUCAUUUCUUUUUUUAAAAUAAUUGAUUUUCAUUCGGCAUAUUUAUAAUGUAGUUAUUUAAUCGUAAAAGAUUUUUUUAUUUGUUGUUUUUUUUAAAUAAUGUAAUUAGAUCAUACUUGAAUAAAUAAUUCAACUGUUA